CGCCUCCAAUAUUCCUGAUUUCUCGCACAAUCGGGAGCACUAUACGACUCUUUUCGAUGGCUGAGUCUGCUAUGUUGAGUGCGCUUCCGACACCCGAUCACAAGCGGCGGAAGUCGGAGGCCGAAGCGGGGCACGUCAAGGCGGAGCGAGCUAAAGGCGUUGCAGCGGACAAAGCGAAAGCCAACUACCUUUCAGGACAGCUACGUCUUCGGCUACAGUACGCGAAGCUGAAGGUGGAACACGGAUGGCAACGGCAAACCCUGAGCGAGGUGGAGAACCUUUACUUUAGACAUACCCACCUCACGCGUCCGUAUCCUGUCAUUUCCCCUGGGGGCCGUCGGAACGGCCGUACGCUGUCCUCCAAUAGCUUCUCCACGGCGGCAACCCAGCAAGAGAACGUCCCCUCCACUUCGACAUCUCAGAAUGGGAAUGGCUCAGUGCCCAGUCCGAGUGUACCAGCAAGUGCUGGGUCGAAUGUGGCACCAAGACUGAACGGGACCUUGAGCGGCACAUCAUCAUCCCUCAGUGCAGAUCCAUCUAUAACUCUCUCUGUGCCGAGCACGCCGACUGCCCAUACCAACCGUACAACACCUCUCGCCCCCCAUGUGGGUUUUGGAAACUCCAUGACUCGAUAUCCGAUAUCACGCUCCGACUCUACCGCGACCGUCAUCAUGGAGUCAACACCUAGCCUCUACCCAGCUUCCCAUGCAAUACCGAACGCAAGGCGGAACACAGGCCACGCGCCUAUGCCGUCCCAGCUCUCCGCCGCGUCUAGUUCCUCCACCCUCCAAGCCACGCCGUCGUCCCAAACACUCGCUUCCAACAACUCCUUUCACGAGCCGUUCGACCCCAUGCAGCCCACCGAGCACGUCGACUCGCAGCUCGCAGCGCUCCGGUCGAUGAUCACCGCAUCAUCAUCCCACCCGAUCCCGUUACCCGCGCCCAGUUCCGGUACUCCAACCGGCUCGCCAAUGCCCCCGACAGCGGGGAGCCCGGGCGUGGGCGGUGGCCUCACAUACGACGCGUUCUGGUCCGCGCACGGCACGGCGACGUCAUAUCGCACUCUGCUUGCUGGACAUGGACAGCCUACGCGCCCUUCGAGCGCCGCGCCGCUGCAGGCGCAUGCAAGUGCACCUGCGAUCAUGGCAAGCCAAUCGGCGAACGGUGCGUCCGUAGUUGGAGAUGCUACGCCGGGUUGUGGAAAGCUAUGA